AUGCAGAUUUUCGUGAAAACUCUCACGGGUAAGACUAUUACCCUUGAGGUCGAGGGCUCUGACACCAUCGAGAAUGUCAAGGCUAAGAUCCAGGACAAGGAGGGAAUCCCCCCCGACCAACAGCGUCUCAUCUUCGCCGGAAAGCAGUUGGAGGACGGUCGCACCCUCUCCGACUACAACAUCCAGAAGGAGUCCACUCUCCAUCUGGUGCUCCGUCUCCGCGGUGGUGGCAAGAAGAGAAAGAAGAAGAACUACACCACCCCAAAGGUCCAGAAGCGUAAGCCAAAGAAGGUCAAGCUCGCUGUCCUCAAGUACUACAAGUUCGACGAGAACGGAAAGAUCCGUCGUAUUCUCCGUGAGUGCCCAUCCGAGGGAUGCGGUGCUGGUGUCUUCAUGGCCCAACACCAAAACCCAGCCCGCCAGUACUGCGGUCGUUGCCACACCACCCUCGUCAAGGUCGACAAGGCCUAA